GAUGGAAGGAAACCCCCAGUCCCCUCUGGGCCUUCUCCUCUUGCUGGCAGCGUGGAAACCAUCUCUGUGCAGCCGCAUCAGGGCUUGUUGACCUCCGUGGAAGAAGCAUCUGUGUAUUUCUCCAAGGAGGAGUGGGAUUUUCUGGAUCAUGGCCAAAGGACUCCGCCCAGGGAAGCCAUGAUGGAGAACUGCAGGACUCUGACCUCUUUGGAUGAUGGAAGAGGCAGUGAGGAGGAAGUUGAACCGCAGAGAAGAAAAGCUGAAGCAGAACAGAAGUGGAGGAAGAAUCCCAGUCUUUCUGAAAACGCUGGCUCCCGUGAUAUUCCCGUUGGAGAACGAGAUCACAAAGUGAACAAUUCCUCUACAAGUGCAAACCUCUUAACCGAUAGCUCAAACCUCAGCACGCAUCAGAGGCUUCACGAUCUGCAGAAAUUUCCGGAGUAUGAAAAGAGCAUGAACCUUGCUUCUCAUCCGAGAACAAACACAGAGGAGAAGCCGUAUAAAUGCUCAGAGUGUGGAAAGGGUUUCAGCCGACGAUAUAACCUUGCUUCGCACCAGAAAAGCCACACAGGGGAGAAACCACAUGAGUGUUCGGUGUGUGGGAAAAGCUUCAGUCGGAAGAACAACCUUGUUUCGCAUCAGAAGAUUCACACUGUGGAUAAGCCAUACAAAUGCUCAGAAUGUGGCAAAAGCUUCAGCCAAAAGAUAAACCUUACCAGACACCAAAGAACUCACACGGGGGAGAAACCAUUUCAGUGCUCAAUAUGUGGGAAAAGUUUCAGUCAACAGCAUCAUGUUACCACGCAUCAAAAAAGCCACACAGGGGAGAAACCAUAUGCAUGCCUGGAGUGUGGGAAAAGCUUUAGUCAGAAGAUCAACCUUAUCACACAUCAAAAAAGUCACAAAGGGGAGAAGCCGUACAAAUGCCCAGAGUGUGGAAAGAGCUUCAGUCGAAGCACGAGCCUUAAAGCGCAUCAAAGAAUCCACACCGGCGAGAAGCCAUAUAAAUGCACUGAGUGUAGGAAGAGCUUCAGUCGAAGCACACACCUGAAGUCCCAUCAAAGAAUCCACACUGGGGAAAAGCCAUAUAAAUGCCUGGAGUGUGGGAAGAGCUUCAAUCACAGCAUCAGCCUUACUUUGCAUCUCAGGAUUCACACAGGAGAGAAGCCCUAUAAAUGCCUGGAGUGUGGAAAGAUUUUCCGACAGGCCCGAAACCUGCGGUCGCAUCACAGAGUUCACACAGGGGAGAAACCCUAUCAGUGCUCAGAAUGCGGUAAGAGCUUCAGCCAGAGGGUAAACCUGAGGGCGCAUCAAAGAGUUCACACAGGAGAGAAACUGUUGAAGUGUUCAGUGUGCGGGAAGAGCUUCAGAAGGAGUACACACCUUAGGGCACAUCAGAAAAUCCACACAGGGGAGAAGCCGUACAAGUGCAUGCGCUGUGGGAAGAGCUUCCGGCACAAGGACCACCUCACUACGCAUCAGAGAGUACACACUGGUGAGAAACCCUACAAAUGCCUGGAGUGUGGAAAGAGCUUCAAGCAUAACAUAAGUCUGAUGUUACAUCGCAAAAACCACAUUGGGGACAAACUGCAGAAAUGAAAAUGUGGAAAAUUUGUUUCCACGUGAUAAAGAGAUGGGCGAUUAGUCACGAUACCUAGGAAGACCCGUGACCUGGAGCGACGACCUUCUGAACACCAGGAGAUGCAGCUGAAAGACUGGAAAGUCCAGUGUGUUCUUGGCUUGCUUGGGAUCUCACAGAGACUUUAACACGUUGCUCUGAGAUUUGGGUGGACCUGUCAUUUUGCAGCUAAAGUAGGAUUUGCAGGGAUGGUUUUGUAAAAAAAAAAAAAAGAAUUGGAUUGUUUAGAAUGGCAUUAAGCAGAGAUACACCUGCUUUUCUUUUUCCCAGCGUUGUCCUGUGAGGCACAUACAUUAUCCACUAAAACAAAUACCUUGCUUAAGAAAAAAAAGUAGAACUU